AUGGCUCAGCUGGGCCGGUUGGUCCAGGCCUGCACCCAGAUGGUAUGGUUGACCGCCACGUUGCCCCCGAGCAUGGAGGCUGAAUUAUGCCGGCGGAUGAAGCAUGACCAGGCCACCAUGACCAUAUACCGGGCCCGGACCAGCCGGCCGAAUGUGGCAUACCAGGUGUGGCGGCCAGACAUGACUGGGGUGGGCCAGGGGCCGUAUCAGUGGAUUAAGAGUGAGGUGGUGGUGGCAUUCAUUCAGGACCGCAUCCGAUGGGCCGCUGGGGGGAAGGUGAUCAUAUAUGUGAAUAUCAUCAGGCAGGUGACGGCCAUGGCGCGGGUGCUUAGGUGUGAGGCGUAUUACAGUGAGCAGUUGGACAAGGCUGGGGUGCUAGCGCGGUUCAUAGGGGCCAGCCCAGUGAUCGCCACCACCAGCGCGUUAGGCAUGGGGGUGGACAUCCCCAAUAUCCGCAGUAUCAUCCAUAUUAGGACCCCCGGACGUUACUGGAUUACGCGCAGGAGAGUGGCCGGGCUGGGCGAGAUGGACAGCGCAGUAAGGCAAUCAUUAUCCAGCCAGCUAGGUGGGAUGCCCCAGCUCCAUGGAUGGAGGGCGUCGCCCCCAAGGACCAGGAGCGGGUUGCUGAGUAUAUGGGGAUGGUAG